AUGAGUUCCUCUACUUCAUUAGGAUCUUCAUAUUAUGUUCCCGAAUUCAUUCCAGUUUUAUUGUUCUUUCGACGUGGUGUUCACCAUUUAAUAGGACUUGUUAAAAUAGGACUUCGUGCAAUGCUUGUAGGUCAAUAUUAUAUCAAACAAAAAGACUAUAUGGAUCCACUUCUUUGUAAAUGGAAAGGCAUGGAUUCUGGAAGAGAUCGUGCAAUGCCACAUAUCAAGGCACAUAGUAAAAUUACUCAUAUAAAUAUUACCUAUACUAGAAUGAGAAUUGAGCGACCAUCUUUUACGGGGGAAGCAUCAAAUGCAAAUAUUGCAUGGUUUUGUCUUACCAGCAGCAACCUAUCUAAAGCUGCCUGGGGUGUUCUACAAAAGGAAAAAACUCAACUUUUCAUUAGUAAUUAUGAAAUGGGGGUUUUAAUCUUUCCAGAACUAUUCAAUACAGUUGAUUAUGAUUCGGUGUAUUUCUUGAACACCACUAUACACGACUUGAAUCCGAAAUUGCCUUUGUACAUUAAUGAACUUGUCAAAAAACCAUUCGAAUCAUUACCAUCUGAAUCAUCAUCAUCGAAAAAAAGAAAAAGGCUUCGAGCACAUAUACAAACUUUAAUUGUUCCGAUUCGUCUCCCGUAUGACGUGCCUUUGACUCCUUAUGAUUUUGAAAAAGACCAAGAGUUAAAAAAAUUACUUCAACAAUAUGAAGAUCCUAAUGAAUUGAUUAACCUUAGAUCUCUUUCAAUGAACAAUACUCUCCUACACUCUAUAGAAGGUUUUCCUACAUUAUCAAAACUUAGGAGGCUUACAAUGGCAGAUAAUAAAAUUGCAAGUGGUUUAAUAGCUUUAUCACAGGCAAAACUUGAAAAUUUAAAUCAUCUUGAUUUGAGUAAUAACAGAAUAAAUGAAUAUGCAGAACUUGAGCCAUUGAAAAACUUAACGAAUCUUAAACAUUUGAGUUUAAUUGAUUGUCCAGUAACAAAAAGGACAAAUUAUCGAGUCAAAGUAUUUGAAACCGUACCGCAACUUUAUACACUUGAUGCAAAGACUAAGGAUGGAGUAAUGAUUGAUUCUGAAGAUGAAAGUGAUGUAGAUGAGGAAUAUGAGGAAGAUGAUGUUGCGCAAUCAAAUGGUCAUGCAGAUUCUGCUGAUGGAGAGGAAGGUGAUGAUGAUGAAGACGAAUUAAGUGAAUUGGAAUCAAGUGGUUCCAAUGUAGAUGACGAAGGAGGAUCUGAAUCUGAACAAGAUAAAAAUCAGGGAGCUAGUGACGAAGAAGAGCCAGUAAAUGACAACUUAAAUGUUGAAAGUGCAAGUAAGCCAAAGGAUAAAGGAAAAUCAGUCGCAUUUCCAGAAGAUUUACCAACAAGAAGCGGUGUUAAUUAUUUUUUAAAAGAUGUAAUCUUUUCUGAAGGAGAUACUGACGAGGAAGAUUACCAACCUGAUGAGGAGGAUGAAGAAGACAACAGUGAUGAUUUAUCAAAUUGUAGUGAUGAUCUUGAUCCAGUUGAUAUGCCUUCAACUAGUGCAGCUGCAGCUGCAUUGCCAUCAUCAAAACGUAAAGUUCGUGUUGAAGAAAAGGAAGAAAUAUCUACAGAUAACGAUGGUAAUAAUAAGGGUAAAUCGAAGAAUGUCAAAAAACGAAAGAUAUAA